ACGCAAAGAGGAGAAAAGAAGCUCGUCUCCGCGUCUCUGCCCGCCCUCUCGUCGAUUUCUCAUUUCUUUCUCUCCCUCCAAUUUGCCCCCUCUUUGUCGUUUUAGGGUUUCCGCGCUCCAACUCCUCCCCAAUUCUGGUCCCCGAUUCGCGCGAUCUCGGCCACCCAUGGUCUCCGGCGUCGCCCACCGCCCGGACGACGACGGCGGGCGCGCCGCCUCGACGUUCCAGCGCCCGCCGCAGCCGGCCGGCGCGCGGCCGUCCCUGGCCACGCCGCCGCCCUCGGGCGGAGCGCAAUCCGCUUCGACGAGCGGCGGGAGCGCGGGCUCCCCGUCCAGCCGCAGCGAGCAGCAUGUCCCCGCAGCCGCAGGCAUGGCGGCGGGGGCGGCGGCGGCCUCUACUCCGAUUAGUGAGAAUACCUUCCUCCGCCUCAACGACCUUGACAUCCACGGCGACGAUGCGCCUUCCUCACAGGCUCCAACGAGCAAGAAGAAGAAGAGAGGAGCACGAGCAGUUGGUCCUGACAAAGGUGGCAGGGGGCUGCGCCAGUUUAGUAUGAAAGUUUGUGAGAAAGUUGAAAGUAAAGGGAGAACAACAUACAACGAGGUGGCAGAUGAACUUGUUGCCGAAUUUGCAGAUCCCAAUAACAGCAUUUUGCCACCAGAUCCGGAUAAUCCCAAUGCACAACAAUAUGACGAGAAAAAUAUACGGAGAAGGGUUUAUGAUGCUCUGAAUGUUCUGAUGGCUAUGGAGAUUAUAUCUAAAGAUAAAAAGGAAAUUCAGUGGAAGGGGUUGCCUCGAACCAGUAUAAAUGAUAUUGAAGAUUUGCAGACGGAACUUGUAGGACUGAAAAGUAGGAUUGAGAAGAAAAAUACAUAUUUGCAGGAGCUGCAAGACCAAUUUGUAGGUAUGCAAAAGUUGAUACAAAGAAAUGAACAGCUAUAUGGUUCAGGAAACAUUCCCUCGGGUGGAGUUGCAUUACCAUUUAUCCUUGUUCAGACACGGCCUCAUGCAACUGUGGAAGUUGAAAUAUCAGAAGAUAUGCAACUUGUACAUUUUGACUUUAAUAGCACACCAUUUGAGUUGCAUGAUGACUCAUUUGUACUGAAAGCAAUGAGUUCUUGUGGAGAAGAACAAAUCGACGGUAUUCAUGAUCUAAUUUCAAAUGGAGGUGAGAGCUCAAGCAUGCCAAAUAUUUAUAGGCAGCAAGUGCAGCAACCUGCAAGAUCAACUAAUGGUACAGCUAGAUUGCCAAGCUCACCCCCUAUUCCAGGAAUACUGAAAGGGCGAGUGAAGCACGAGCAUUAGUGUAGUGUGUUUGUUGAUUGUUGUCUGGCGUGUUUGGUUUAUUAUUUUUUAUUUUUUUGUGUAAAUGGCCUGUAAAUUAGUGGGCAUUGGAAAAGUAGUUUAUUCCGAUUUAACGCUGCAGUCUGAUUGGUAGAGUGGCGGGUGCCCUGACCAGACCUGUAUCACUCCCCGAGUAACUUCUAACCGGCUUUUAAUCUGUUCCGCCAUGGUUGAGAAAAGACGUCUUUUAACGUCAUGUAAUUGUUUAAAGCAUUUUGAAGUAGUUAGCAUUUGAUCUGAGUGAAAUUUCAGCCUUUUGCAUGCUUAUUGUAGGCAUAUACAUUUGUAUUGGAUAUUUGCCUUAGUUAUAUGAUAUACUACUACUUGUCUUAGCAAAA